CCGACUUUAGUUUCUGAUUGUGAACUACUGUCCAAUCCAAAGCAACGCUGUCAUAAAUAUGAUGCAAGACUCAGAAGGUGUGAUACUGUAGCCUUUAUAAAGUGCCUUAUUGUUUGCUCUGUCCUUCUCAUUCUCUCCUCAGCCCAGUGAAACAUUAUGACUUCACUUGCUUUAUUUUCUUUGCUCUACUCUGUUUUCAGCUCACUUUUCCACAUCACCACUGCAGCUCGACCAACAGCCUCAAAAUGCACUCUUCUAAACAGCUUCCAGCCAGGAUUUGUGAUCCAAGGUGACUAUGUCAUUGGAGGGAUUUUCCCCCUUCAUUUUAAUCUGAACAUGCCAGACUUUAACGGCAUCUACAGACCUCCACCAAUAAAUUGCAGUGGAUUUGAUCCCAGGGCUUUCCGGUGGGCUCAGAUUAUGAGACUGGCAGUUGAGGAGAUAAACCAGAAUCCAUUGCUGUUGUGGAAUUACACUCUGGGCUACAAAAUCUUUGAUUCAUGUGGAUAUCCACUGACAGGACAGAGAGCUGUUUUAUCAAUGCUGAAUGGCGUGAGUGAGGAAAACACUUCUAUGUGCACUAAUGCCUCGUCAUUCCUCGCUGUGAUUGGGCCUUCUGGAUCUGCUCAGUCUAUUGUUGUGUCAAGAAUCUUGCAGCCAUUCAGGAUCCCCAUGAUCAGCUACGCUGCUUCAUGUGCAUGUUUGUCAGACAGACAAAAAUAUCCAACCUUCUUCAGAGUAAUUCCUAGUGAUGACUACCAGGUGAAAGCCAUUGCACGGAUGCUGGUGCACUUUAACUGGACUUGGGUGGGGCUGCUGCGAGGAGACCAUGAUUAUGGCCGCUUUGCUGCAAAAGGUUUACUGAGAGAAUUACAGGAAACCAAAGUAUGUGUAGCGUACCAAGAAAUGAUUCCUCUGCUGUACAAUCACCAGGGGGGACUAAGGAUAAUGAAGGUGAUGCGUAGCUCUACUGCAAAAGUGGUGGUGGUAUUUGCUGCUGAGGGGGAGAUGACACCUUUCUUGAGAGACUACAUGACUCAGAACAUCACUGGAAUACAGUGGGUGGCAAGUGAAGCCUGGAUCACAGCAUCAGUCUUUUCAGGGAGAGAGUAUUACCCUUACUUGGGAGGAACCAUUGGGUUUGGCAUCAAAAAAGGUCAUAUCUCCAGACUGGGUGACUUCCUGCAGACAAUAAACCCUGAGAGAUAUCCUAACAAUGUCCUGGUGCAUGAGCUAUGGGAGUCUCUGUAUGGUUGCAGUCCUUUUCCAUCCUCUGUCACCCAGAUGCCACCCUGCUCAGGGCAGGAGACUCUGCUGGAACAGAACUCAGCCUACAUGAAUACAUCCAGCCCUAGAGUAGCCUAUAAUGUAUAUAAGGCUGUAUAUGCCAUUGCUCAUUCCCUGCACAACCUCCUUCUCUGUCACCCAGGGAGGGGGCCUUUCCAGAACAACUCAUGUGCUCAGAGCAACAACAUACACCCUUGGCAGCUGCAACACUACCUCCAGGAAGUGAACUUUCAGAUUGCUGGUGAGGAGGUGGACUUUGAUGCCAAGGGUGACUCUGUACCCUAUUAUGAUAUUAUUAGUUGGCAAAGAGGCCCAGAAGGAAACAUUGAAUUUGUCAAUGUGGGUUUGUUUGAUGGAACCAAGGAUGUUGGAGAGGAGCUGUUGAUCCAGGAGGACGGAAUAAUUGAUUGUACAAUUUGUCCUGAGGACUUCUGGUCAAACAACGACAGAACAGCCUGCAUCUCCAAGAAAGUGGAGUACUUGACCUUCGAUUCAUUGGGAAUAGCCCUGACAGUGAUGUCUGUGGUGGGCGCCUGCUUCACUCUGGCUGUCUGUGGAGUCUUCUUCUGUCACAGACACACAGCCAUCGUCCGUGUGAAUAACUCUGAGCUCAGUUUCUUCAUACUGUUUGCACUGACUCUGUGUUUCCUGUGUUCUCUCCUUUUUAUUGGAAAGCCAACAUAUUGGUCCUGCAUGCUGCGCCACACUGCCUUUAGCAUCACAUUUUCACUGUGUAUUUCCUGCAUCCUGGGGAAGACCCUGGUGGUACUGGCUGCAUUCACUGCCACCAGGCCAGGGCAUAACAUCAUGAAGUGGCUGGGGCCUAAGCAGCAGAGGACCAUCAUCUCCAGCUGCACUCUGGUUCAGGUGGUUAUCUGUGCUGCUUGGCUCAUUGACGUUCCCCCGUUUCCAUCCAGAAAUACACAAUAUGAACAUUCAAAGAUCAUACUGGAGUGUAGUGUGGGCUCUAGCCUGGCAUUCUGGUGUGUUCUUGGAUAUAUUGGUCUACAGGCCUGUCUGUGCUUUGUAUUGGCUUUUAUGGCCCGAAAGUUGCCGGGAAACUUCAACGAGGCCAAGUUCAUCACAUUCAGCAUGCUGAUCUUCUGUGCUGUGUGGCUAGCAUUCAUCCCUGCUUAUAUCAGCUCCCCUGGAAAUUAUGCAGAUGCAGUUGAGUCAUUUGCCAUCUUGGCCUCCAGCUUUGGCUUAUUGUUCUGCCUGUUUGCUCCAAAGAGUUACAUUAUUUUACUGAAGCCUGAAAAGAAUACAAAACAGCACCUGAUGGGGAAAGAAAAGAAAUGAUGAAACACAAAUGAACCCAAAGUUAUUGAGUCAGUAAGAAGUGGACUCUUACAGUGACCUAUUGAUUACUAACCAUUCAAAAAACAUUAAUUAAUAAUUAUUCAACGUUGCUUUGAUUUUGAUAGUUCUUUACAGAUAUUGAUUCUAGUAAAAAUGACUGUUAUAACCCCAGUGCUUGCUUGGUGUAUCUGUGUGGGUAUGUCUGUGAUGACUCAGUUGGUCAUCAGUGGAGGCAAUAAAAGGAGUCAGUAGGCACUGGACUCUUUCAGUGACUUAUAGAUAACUAACCAUUUAAAAAAACAUGUUUAUUAAUCAAUAUUGCUUUGAUAUUGAUAUUUUUUUACAGAUAUUCAUGGAUGUCAAGAAGAUUGAGAUAACAUGUAACCUUCACAGGAUGCUUGCAGUAAAGCAGUGAUUACAUAUGUGUAACAAAAUGACAUAGAAGUAUUGGUUCCUUGUCAUUUCUAUGGUAGAUCAUAAACUUUGGUAGACUACAACAAAAUAAACAAUGCAGUGAUAUUUCCA